AUAUUAAUACGUUAACAAUGUUGUGCUUAUCUAGUCUUUUAUGUUUGUUGUUUUUAACCAAUUCGGCAUUAUCGUACACGGAACAAGAUGUUGAUUACUACGAGAUGCUGCUAAACAAAGCAAUAAAGGACUCGAAAACCUACCAACCUGACACUAGUGCAGUUAAAUACCAAGCUUUACGAUCAAGUCCACCAGAAGAUUGUGGAGUAGAGUAUGAUUUCAUUAUUGUCGGAGCAGGAUCUACUGGAACUCUAUUAGCAAACCGUCUAUCUGAAAUUUCUGGAUGGAAAAUUUUGCUCCUGGAAGCUGGUGACUAUGGGAAUAAUAUUACCGACGUUACUGGGAUCAGUUACAAAGCUUUAAUGAUGAGCGAUUAUAACUGGGGAUUUUACAGUAUUCCACAAAGAAAUUCUUGUUUAGGAUUUCACGAAAAUAGAUGUCCUCAUAUUCGCGGAAGAGGUGUUGGUGGUUCAUCAUUACUAAAUGCUCUUGUGUAUACGAGAGGAAAUAGAGAGGAUUAUGACAAAUGGUGCUCUAUGGGCAAUAAGGGAUGGUGUUACAAAGAUGUUUUGCCUUAUUUCUUAAAAACAGAAAGGUUUCGCUGGACCGAUCCUAAUUCUCCCGUUGAGCGUGACUAUCACAAUUUUAGUUCUACAGGAUUACUAUCAGUAGAAAUACCGAUGCCUAGAUCAGCACACAGCAAGAUAUUUCUAGAAGCAAAUGAACAAAUGGGCUAUAUAAACCGAGAUGUAAACGGUAGAGGACAAGUUGGGGUCAGCAGUUGGCAGGCAAAUACCUACAAAGGAAGACGACAAGAUGGAGGAAGUGCUUUUAUUAUACCAUUUCAAUAUAGACGCAAUUUAAGAGUUUUAACACAAAGCUAUGUCACAAAAAUUAUUAUUAAUAAUAGAACAGCUACAGGAGUAUUAUAUCUGCGUAACGGGGUACUAUACAAAGCCAGAGCUAAAAGAGAGGUUAUAGUAAGUGGUGGAGCAAUCAACAGUCCUCAGAUUCUUAUGCUAUCAGGAAUUGGACCCAGAAAACACUUGCAGGCACAUAAAAUACCGGUAGUUAAAGAUUUGGAAGUUGGCAGCAACUAUUUGGAUCACAUUCAAGCUUAUGGCCUAACAUUUUCCAGCAAUCUAUCAGAACCUAUAAGUACAAUUAGAGAAGCUAUUGCAGAGUAUCUACAAAACGGUACGGGUUAUCUAUCUUCUGCUGUUCCAUCUUCAGUCCUAGGCUUUUAUCAAACUAAGCUGGAACCUGUUAAAGAUUAUCCAGACGUAGAACUAGGUAUGUCAGAUACGAAUCUGACACUUGAUGCAAAGUUCAGUUUUAUGAGAUGGCGAUCAGAGGUAUCUGCUGCUAUGCGCGGUGUUAAUGCGGACAGUUCAUUUCAAAUUUCCGUAGCUCCCUUGCACACCAAAUCGGUGGGUACUAUCAGACUAAAUAGUAAUAAUCCUCUAGAAUAUCCUGCUAUAGAUCCAAACAUUUUAUCAGAUCCUGAAGGGCAUGAUUUAGAGAGUAUAUAUUUAGGAAUACAAUUGGCAUUGAAUGUGACCAAACAGAUACCAUUUCAAAAAAUAAAUGCUACUUUGCAAUUGAAACCAGUACCGCAAUGCAAAAGUUAUACAUUUCUGAGCAGGGAAUACUGGCAAUGUGCAAGUAAAUACGUUGUUGCCAACAAUAAUCAUUCUGUUGGUACUUGUAAAAUGGGUCCCAAUCCAAAAGCUGGAGAUGUAGUUGAUAGUAAUUUAAGGGUCCAUGGAAUUAGACGUUUACGAGUUGCUGACGCAAGUGUAAUACCUCUUUCUACCUCGGGACAUAUUAACGCCAUAUGUUUUAUGAUUGCUGAGAAGGGAGCUGAUCUCAUUAAAUCCACUUAUAAAAGACUGUAAAAUAAAACUAAUCAAUUAAAAAAUAUAUUAUGACCUAUUUAUAAAUUUCUAAAUUAUUUAUUGUAAUUAUUAAAAGUCCAUUUAGUGUA